GAUCGGCCCUGUCUUCUAUAUUUAACUCGAGCUCCAAACGGCGAGAGCCGUACGUGGAAAGGUCUCUCUCUCCUUCUGUGGCGUGGGUAUGAGCGGGCUGCUCGCUGUCCGACAGCCCUCCUUUUAAUGCGUUUCUGCCAGUGAAGACACGCCGGACAGGAGGGAGUAUAACGGGUAAGGUUGGUCCAGCAAGAGGACAUUAGACCGGCUUCAGAUGAUGAGAUCGGGCUCUUUGUGGACGAGAUUUAUUUAAAUCGUUUAGAUGCCUGUGUUGAGGACUGCUUCUUCCUUAGGACGCAGAUUUCUUUUCUUUUUUUUUCUUUUAUGGCAGAUGACAUGUGAAAUGUGUAGGUCUUUACUUCCGCUUGGUGUCUCAGUGUAGUGGAUAGAUCUUCAGUUUGAGCUGACUCAAGUUAAGGAUUUAAAAUAAAACAAGGUCAACCAUGAUGAGGUAGAGUGGAGGCCACUGGUCCUUGAAAACCAUGGAUGGACUUUACUUUGAUGUGAAACCAAAAGGAAGUGAAGCCCAGAGGCCACGAAGCUCUGAGAAAACGCGACAUAAUCUAACCCCGAACCAUCGCUCGUGUCCCUCCCUUUCACGCCUCACCUCUGCGGCUCAGACUCCCCAGAAAUGUGCCGGUGCUUGGGAGAGGGGAGCGCCAUGGAGGGGGCAGAUGGACGAAGAAGAGAUAAGAUACCAACUGACAAUGAUUGGUUUCAGGGCAGUUCACCACCUGACCACCAUGGCCAUGCUGCCCUGGGUGGUGGCAGAGAUCUGCAGGUCCUCCAAGAAGGAUCCGGGUGCUGGGCCGCAUCAUGCUGCAAGAGGUUCUCCGUCAUGCAGUAAUAAGACUGUGCUUCUGUGUGUGUCUGCAUCCUGGGUGCGGUGUGUGUCCGUCCCGGCUGAGCGCCGUCUCUGGGACCCUCUGACACACACGGUGCUGUUUGAAUGUCGUCCUCAUCAAGUGACCAAGUUAAUUCACAACAGCCAGGAGCCCAGUGUCUUUGCCUGCCUGGUGAAAGACUCGCUGAAGUGUGCCUGCUACGUCUUCCAGGACCUGGACAGCACCAAGGUCCCUGAGAUCAUCAGUACGUUGAGGCAGGCUGGCAAAAGCUCAGCACGCAACAAUGACAUCAGCCCUGACUCCAUAAAGACGUCCACGAGUUCAGAAGGCAGUGAUUCUUCAGAAACAUGCCUCUCCUCAGUCUCUGCUACAUCAAACUCCACCGCUCCCACCUCUGCUGUGUCUCCAACAAUGUUUGCUAAAAAGUUUGAGGUACUUUUCUGCGGCAGAGUGAGUGUUGCUCACAAGAAAGCCCCGCCCGCCUUAAUAGAUGAGUGUAUCGAGAAGUUCAGUCAGCUGCAUGGCUCAGGGACGACAGAUAAGGGAGGUGGGGGUUUGGUGGAUGGGCUCAGGAGGGCGUUUACCUUCCCAUCCUCUGGACUGGGGAAUGGCUCUGUUCGGAACGGUACAACGGGAAGCGCCACCACUGGGUCAAGCGCUGCUCUGUUUAAGAGAGACUCCAGCUUCCCAAACCUGCACCUCGAUGAGAACGGCCUUUGUCCAGAAAUUUCCAACAACAACACUACAGAUUCGAUCACCUGCUCGACGACGGUGCAGCCGACCAGCCUGCAGGAGAACCGGACCAUGCUGUUUACGGUGGGCAAGUCCCAGAUCUUCUUGGUCAGUCCAGACACUAAGAAAGUUGCCAUAGAAAAGAGUUUCCGAGAAAUCUCAUUUUGCUCUCAGGGAAUUCGUCAUGUCGAUCACUUUGGCUUCAUUUGCAGAGAAACGGCAGAAGGCGGAAGCUGCCAUUUUGUGUGCUAUGUCUUCCAGUGCACUGAUGAAUCAUUGGUGGAUGAGAUCAUGUUGACUUUGAAGCAGGCGUUCUCUGUGGCUGCCCUACAGCAGAACGCAAAGACCCAGAGCCAGCAGUGUGACAGCUGCCCCAUUCAGCAGCUCCACAGGCUGUGUGAGAGAAUAGAAGGUUUGCACCCUUCCAAAACAAAGCUAGAGCUUCAGAAGCACUUGGCCACUUUAGACAACGAUGAGCAGGCUUCAGUCUUUGAAAACACUAUGCGGGCUCGUCCUAAGAGCGAUCAGGAAGAAAAUGAACUAGUGAUGGCCUCCCUAAGGAAUAUGUAUGAGGAGAAACAGAAAACUCACCAGCACUCUUCUCUUGACAACAGCAAACAGGUCUCUGAAGAUGCAACUCCUGCACCUCAGGAGACACAACAGCAGAGCAGCAGUCGGCAGCGGCUGGAGCAGUUCAAGUCCAGAGCGAAGCGCUCUCUUACCGAGUCCUUAGAAGGCAUCUGGAAGGGAAGCAAUAAGGCCAAACCUCAGAGGGAGAGCAGUCAGGGAAGUGAGAGCAGCUCUUCUUCUGGUGCUGUCAGCAGAGGUCAGCCGUGCUUCGAGGACCCCCUACGACCCACCAGCCCACUCAGAGGCCACAACUCCGCUGGAGACUUGAAGCUUCUUGACUCGUCUAUUCCUCUGUCUUCGUCGUCCUCCUCUCUACCUGAUAAUCCCGAGCCGCAGGGCUUCCGCCGGCGGGCCAGCACCUUCAGUCAUUCCCCCUCCCCGUCCUCAGUGCUCGAGGACUCCCCCCUAUACAUGCAGACUCAUUCGCCUCAGGAACUGAGUGCAGCGACGAAGCCCAAGCUUGUACGACACUACUCUGUGAGCACAGACAACCCUCACCAAAGCAAAAAUCUCCCAACCGACUCCACCCUUCCUCCUCUUCCUCCCUUUCCUUCAUGCCAUUCUCCUCUCCUUCUCCAUCAUCCUUCUUCACCUUCUGCUGGAGCCCGUUUCAAUAAGAGAAGGGAUGUUGCAGCUCUCUCUACAUCGAGAGCAGCUUGUGUGGCGGGUGAAAGUCCACUGCGAAACCACAGACACUCGUGGAGGCAGCAGAUCUUCCUGCGGGUUGCUACUCCUCAGAAAGGCACAGACCCCACUGAGCGGGUGGAUCCCUGCCUAGAUGGGGGUCUGAUAUGUGUGGGCCAGGUGUCGGGGAUAGGUAAUGGAGAUUCAACCAUGAGAGCCUUGCCAGAGGAGGGGACGAAGAGGAGCAAAGUGGAGCUGAGGGAGCUGUGGAGGAAGGCCAUCCUACAGCAGAUCUUGCUGCAGCGAAUGGAGAGUGAGAACCAGAAACUGCAAGCCUCAGAGAGCGAUCUGCAGAACAAGCGCCUGAAGCUGGACUAUGAAGAAAUCACUCCAUGCCUGAAGGAGGUCACUGUGGUGUGGGAGAAACUCCUGAGUACACCUGGCAGGACAAAAGUCAAAUUUGACACAGAGACCAUACAUGCCGCAGUUGCACAAGGUGUGCCAAGGCAGCAUCGAGGUGAGAUCUGGAAGUUCCUCUCUGAGCAGUAUUUGCUCCGGCAGACGGUUCCCUCUCGGCCCCCCUCCAACCACACUCCAUACAAAGAGCUGCUGAAGCAACUCACCUCGCAGCAGCACGCCAUCCUCAUAGACCUCGGUCGUACUUUUCCCACCCACCCAUACUUCCAAGCACAGCUGGGAGCAGGGCAGCUCUCGCUGUUCAACAUACUGAAAGCUUACUCACUGCUUGACCCCGAGGUGGGCUACUGUCAGGGCCUGUCCUUCAUUGCUGGAGUUCUGCUUUUGCACAUGGGGGAGGAGGACGCAUUCAACAUGCUCAAAUUUCUGAUGUUUGAUGUCGGGCUUCGUAAGCAGUACAGGCCUGAUAUGAUUAUCCUGCAGAUUCAGAUGUACCAGCUGUCUCGGCUGCUUCAUGACUACCACAGGGAUCUGCACGGCCACCUGGAGCAGCAGGAGAUCGGCCCCAGCCUAUACGCCACCCCCUGGUUCCUCACGCUGUUCGCGUCACACUUCCCGCUCGGCUUUGUGGCCCGUGUCUUCGAUAUGUUGUUCCUCCAGGGUUCAGAGGUUAUCUUCAAAGUAGCCUUGAGCCUUCUGGGCAGCCACAAGCCUCUGAUCCUGCAGCACGACAGCCUGGAGUCCAUAGUGGACUUCAUAAAGACCACACUGCCCAACCUCGGCCUGGUGCAGAUGGAGAAAACCAUCAACCAGGUUUGUGAGAUGGAUGUGUCCAAGCAGCUGCAGGCCUAUGAGGUUGAGUACCACGUGCUGCAGGAUGAGCUGCUGGACACGCCCCCAACCCUCAACCAGCAGCAAAGAGCUGCACAGCUGGAGAGGACCAAUCAGAGCCUCCGGCAGCAGAACCUGGACCUGUUGGAGGAGCUGCAGGUGUCCCACGCGCGAGUCUGCAACCUGGAGAGUCGGGUGGAGGCCCUGGCGCAGUCGGAGGGACAGCUGAAGGAGCAGGUUUCUGCUCUCGAGGAGGAAAAGAAGCAGCUGGCCAGCACCAUCGCACACCUCCACAAGCUCCUCACCGAGCUGGGCAUCAACGCCGACCUCGACGGGCAGACGCUCCCCUAAGCUCCCCAAAGACGAGACUUUGACCACAGUUUCACAGCCGAACGGCAGCACAGUGGACUCUGUCUGGUUUAAAUGCUAAUAGCUGCAUGUGAACACGGGCAGAAUGCAGGAAGAGCGAGGGUUACAGCCCUAAAGGAAGAAUUUGUUGAAGUGACUCCUAAAUUGGUCUCUCACAUCUCCAGUAAAUGAGAAAAGGACACAGGAUGAGAGGGCUUUCCUUUCCUCUUAAAGAUGUAAACAAACCCCCAGUUAGCACUGAGCCUCUGCUGUUCAAACAGAAAACCAUCAGAUAGAUUCUCACCUGUCUGUUUGUUCACAAAGAGCAAGUUUCACACACAGCUUUAUUUGUCUGUGUUGGAUCCGACCAGGCUGAACCGGCCAAAGAACAUCUUGAUGCUUUAUUUGGAAGAACAAAGACUCCACUACACAGUAUUCUGAGACAUGAUCGCUGUUACACAAAGUUGGUCCCAAAGAAACAAACAAAGCGCGCUGCUUUGUUCUGCCGUGAUUAGCCUCCUAUAGCGCUGUUUUCGGUUUAUCUAUUACAAAGGCUGAAUGCGACGUUAUCUAAACGACGCCGGGUGCUGCUGAAAUGUUUAGGUCGGGAGGUGAGCUAGGUUCAGCUAUUUUUGAUUCUUCCUCGGCGCUUGUAGUUCCUAGCUUCCUGACCGCGUGCAUUUUAACUUCAUUUAGCGACAGAAGCUCACAGGAAGAGUGAUACAAUAUAUCCAGUCCAUUUCACAUCCUGUUUUUCACCUCUGAAUACACUUCGAAUCGUGUGCGAGGAUGGAGGGCGGGGUGGUGGGGGGUGGGGGUGGGGGGGUUUUGAAACGGUAGCACUCCCCGUCCAGGACGGGGGAAGCCCUAACAGGCUCCUCUAAGUUAUUUCCAAAACGACGCUUGGGUGUGACGCCCGCGCCGCUGAGACAAUCUGUAGGGUGUAAAUGUUUUACUGUAUUUUCCCGACACACUGAACUCCUCGGAGCCAAGCUGCAGCUUGGUGCGUCUGUACGUGAACGUCUGAAUGUUACUGUUUCUUGUGCACUUCACUGAUCCAAAAAGAAAAGCUGUUUAUCACUUUGAAGAUAUUUUUUUUUUUUUGCUUUUACUCUUUUGCACAUAUUUCCUGUUUUAUUGAUCUAUUGUCAGUCUGUACUUUAAAAUACAACUCAUUAUUAUUUCAGCACACAUGGAGUCUGUGUUCUUUUCGUGCCUGAGGUUGUCUGCUUACAAUAAAGAGUCAUGGAUCAGA